AGUCUCUCUAUCUUCGGUUUUUAAUUUCCAACAUUUCUUGCUCUCCCUCUUCUUUGAAACUCAAAUGUGUUUCUAGAUCAUCCAUCUCGUGGGUUCACGAAAUUCCUCGGCUUUUCCUCUGAUUUUUAUACUCGAGAAUCGAAUAUUUGAGCUCCUUAGCUACUAAUUUAGGGUUUCUUGGUCGACGUGAUGACUCAUCGGCGGAAUUCCGGCAGCGAUGCAGUUCACGUGAUACCCACCAACGACCCUCCGCCGGAGAAUCGGUUUCCUUUUCCCGGAGACAGUUCCGUCUGGGCCAAUGAGGAUGAUUACAGCCGUGUCUUAACGGUGAACACCGAUGAUACAGAGUCGCCGAGCAAGAAAACUCGCGGAGUUCCGCCUUCUUCUUCCUCCUCCUUCUCCGACAUCGGGAAAUCGUUCUUCAAGACGAAGCUCUGCUUCAAAUUCCGCGCCGGAACUUGUCCGUACGCCGCGAACAGCUGCCAUUUUGCUCACAGCGCAGAGGAGCUCCGUCGUCCGCCGCCGGAUCGGCAGGAGACGACGGCUGAGACCCGAGAUGAGUUUAAGAUCCCGGCGGAGAGUGGAAGGUUGUAUAAAGGAAGACAUUGCAAGAAGUUUUACAGCGGAGAGGGAUGUCCGUACGGAGAAAGCUGUACGUUUCUACACGACGAGGCUUUAAAAAAUAGAGAAAGCUUUGUGAUUAGUUUAGGCCCUCAUGGUUCUGGUGCUGGGGAUGGAGAUAAUGUUGCUCAGAUUGUGAGACCUCCAAAUUGGAAGACAAGGGUUUGCAAUAAGUGGGAGAUCACUGGGCAUUGUCCAUUUGGUGCUAACUGCCAUUUUGCUCAUGGAGCUGCAGAGUUGCAUAGAUUUGGUGGGGGACUCGUCGAAGAAGAAGGUAAGAUCGGAACAUCUGCCACUCCAUGCACAAAGCAGACAGGACAAGCUGACACACUAACUAGCCUUGUUUCUCCUGGAGUCCCGCCCCAACGGUCAUCUAGUGCCGUUACUCAGAAACCUAACGGGGUCAGAACUCAACGGAAAUGGAAAGGACCGGAUAAAAUCAGUCGGGUUUAUGGUGAUUGGAUCGACGAUAUUGAAUAAAGUCGUUGCCUUUCAACAGAUUGAUGACAAAGCUAUAGCUUUUUGGAGAUGUAACUGUAUGUUGUUGUAGAUUGUGACUCCACAAAGAAAAAUAACUCAUCUUUUUUGUCGUUGUAUCAUCUGAUUCUCCUCCUAUGCCAAUCAUACAUCUGAUCUUGUACCAGACCAAACUGAACUAAAACAUUUUCGAACUUGUAAACCGGUGAUA